AUGGAUGACGUGUUGAAUGAAAACAAAGUGUUAGCAGCGGAAAGCAAGAAAGUAGCUGAUCGGGAAAAGAUCCUAGAAAUGCGUGUAAAGAAGCUGGAAUCUGAAAACAAGCCUUUGUUAACGAAGAUUGAUACAGAUCAGACUGAGAUUGAUUUCCUUAAGGUGCGAGUGGCUGAACUUGAAGAAGAAAAGGCUCGUAGAGAUAAACAGAACAAAUAUUUCGAGAUGAAAAACAAAGAGCUUGAGGCUGCAAAGGCAUUGAAAGAGCAUGAGUUCUACAUGUUGAAUAAAGUAGUGGAGAAUAUGCCCGGAACGUCGAUUGAACAAAGAUUCGAAGAGAUACAAGUUGAAGAGCUUAGGGCAAAACGCCAAGCCGAGAUUGAUGAACAGAUGAAAGAUAAGGGAAAGGGUGCUGAAAGCAAACCUGUAACUCUAGAAGAUCUUGCUGCUGAUGACGAUGAGGAAGAUGAUGAGGGGGAUGACGAUGAAGAGGGUGAUGAAGAAGAGGGUGAUGAUGAGGAAGAUGACGAUGAUGAGAAAGUCUUUUCUGCUAGCAGUCAUGGUUCUAAUAAUGAUGAUGAUGAUGCUCAAGGUGGUAUGGGAAUUAAAGUGACUGAACAGUCUAGUGAAAGGACUGUUGAUGAUUUUCUGAACGAUACUGUGAAUGAAGAGACAGGGGGAGCUGAAGGAAAGGGGGAGUCUAGGGAUGCUCAAAAUGUUGAACAUGUUGAAAAGUUAGUUUUGAGAUUGGAAACUAAUAGGGAAGAAGGUGAACACUUUCAUACGUAA